AUGAUGAGGUCAUCGUCUCUCUCGGGCAACGCCUUCCUGCUCUCCAAGGAAGCCUCUCUACGGAUGCAGCAAGAAGAAGACUUGUUGAGCAGCACUCGAUCCUCGUCGACUGCAUCUACCUUCAAUAGCAGUUGUCGUUCUGUGACGUUUGGCUCUGUCCAAGUACGAGAGUUCAAUCGCAUCGCCGGGGAUCAUCCUGACUGUGCCGAAGGUCCUCCCAUGAGCAUCGAUUGGUCCUUUGCCGAACUCGAGCCCGUCAGUGUCGACAAGCACCAGACGACAAGACAAGGAUCGUUCACAGUGGCACCCAUUCCCAGUACGCUCCGCAAGGAGAUUUUGCAGUUUGGCUUUCAUGUACCGCCCCAAGACAUCAAGGCAGCGGAAAAGAUGGCCACCAAGGCGGCACGGCAACGAGAGCAAACCUCGCGCGGCGAAUUAACAAUGUUGUCUGGAGGGACAACCCAAAGUCGACCAAAUUCUGCGAAGUGGCAGCAACGUGGUCUAGCUAGCUGGAGUCGCUAA